GCAGCGUUCAUCACACUGACAACUGAGUGGCCUGGGUUCGCCGAGACAGAAUCUCUCCAGACCUCAGAAUAUUAGCCACAAUGCCGCCGCGCAAGAGGCCGCAGGCCCCUCCUGCAGCUAAACCCCGGCGUCCCUCGGAGGCUGGUCCAAAUGCUGCGACGGAACCCCUCAAGAGAAAGCGCUCUUCUAUCGCGAAGGAAGCAACCCUCCCAGCGGAGCCCACUAGUGAACAAGCUCAGACUCAACCCCAAACCGAUCAGACCGAAGAACCUGCGUCGAAAUACCGCCACAAGGACCCUUUCGAUGCGCUUCUGGAACCCUUCUACUACAACAAGUCCCUCACUGACCCCAUCGAUACCGCCAAGGACAAGUGGAAUUUGCUGCCGGCAUUCCUCAAAGUGAAGGGUCUGGUGAAACAGCACAUUGACUCAUACAACUACUUUGUCGAAGUCCAGUUGAAGAAGAUUGUCGAGUCAAGCUCCACCAUUCGCAGUGAUGUGGAUCACCAAUUUUACAUCAAAUUCACGGAUAUCUACGUCGGUUCGCCGAGACGUGCGGACGAGACCCAGGAUGCUGGAAUCGAGUUCCAGUCCGACGUGACUCCUCAGGAGUGCAGACUUCGCGAUACGACCUACGCCGCGCCAAUCCUGGUCGACUUCGAAUAUGUUCGUGGCCGACAACGUGUUAUUCGUCGAGGUGUCUCGAUUGGUCGCAUGCCGAUCAUGCUGCGCAGCUCCAAGUGUGUGCUUGCGAACAAAACCCCAGCGCAGAUGACAGUGCUCAACGAAUGUCCCCUCGACCCCGGUGGUUAUUUCGUCGUCAACGGAACGGAGAAGGUUAUUCUGGUCCAGGAGCAGUUGAGCAAGAACAGAAUUAUCGUUGAGACGGACCCGAAGAAGGAAAUUGUCCAAGCUUCGGUAACCAGUUCUUCCAACGAGCGUAAAUCGAAGAGUUACAUCGUUCUCAAGAAAGAUAGGCUCUACGUGAAGCACAACGUGUUGAGCGAUGAUAUUCCAAUUGUCGUGCUGCUCAAGGCCAUGGGUAUUCAUACCGACAAGGAGAUCCUGCAGCUGGUCGCUGGGUCCGACAGCUUAUACCAGGAUGACUUUGCCAUCAACUUCGAGGAGGCGAUCAACGUUGGCAUUUACACCCAACAACAAGCCCUUGACUGGAUCGGUUCCCGUAUCAAGAUCAACCGCAAGACAGGCGCAUACCGCCGAACCCACGUGCAAGAGGCUGUCGAGGCCAUCGCAUCCGUCAUUAUCUCCCAUAUCGAGGUCAAGGACAUGAACUUCAGGCCCAAGGCUAUCUACGUUGCUCACAUGGCUCGCCGUGUAUUGAUGGCGAAGAACGACCCGGCUCUGGUGGAUGACCGUGACUACUUGGGUAACAAGCGUCUGGAACUGGCGGGUCAACUGCUGGCUUUGCUGUUCGAGGAUCUUUUCAAGAAGUUCUGCUUUGAUAUCAAGAUGAACAUCGACAAGGUUCUGAACAAGCGGAACCGGGCGGAGCAAUUUGAUGCCUGGAGUGUUAUGAGCAUGCACGGCAAUCACAUCACGCAGGGCAUGAACCGCGCCAUUUCCACUGGUAACUGGAGCUUGAAGCGUUUCCGCAUGGAGCGUGCCGGUGUCACUCACGUUCUCAGUCGGCUGAGUUACAUUGCUGCUCUGGGUAUGAUGACCCGUAUCAGCAGUCAGUUCGAGAAGACCCGAAAGGUUUCUGGUCCCCGUGCCUUGCAGCCGUCGCAAUUUGGCAUGUUGUGUCCUGCGGAUACACCCGAAGGUGAAGCCUGUGGUUUGGUCAAAAACUUGGCUCUCAUGACACACAUUACCACCAACGAUGAGGAGGGUCCGGUACGAAACCUGAUUUUCAUGCUGGGUGCCGAAGACAUUUCGACUGUUAGCGGAAUGCAGCUCUAUGCUCCUGGCAGCUAUACUAUCUCCGUCAACGGUACGCCAACUGCGUUGACCCGACGGCCCAAGUAUUUCCUCAAUGCUUUCCGCCGGCUUCGCCGUAUGGGUCGAAUCUCGGAGUUUGUUAGUAUCUACAUCAAUCACCACCAGCGGGCUGUCCACCUCGCGACCGAUGACGGUCGAAUUUGCCGACCUCUUAUUAUCGUUGAGAAUGGAAAAUCACGGGUCAGGCGACACCAUUUGCAGAAACUGCGCGAUGGGCGAAUGCAAUUCGACGAUUUCCUCGCCCAAGGCCUAGUUGAGUACCUGGAUGUCAACGAGGAGAACGACUCGUACAUCUCCAUCUACGAGAAGGACAUCAACGAGGCUCACACUCAUCUUGAAAUCGAGCCUUUCACUGUUCUGGGAGCUGUCGCUGGUCUCAUUCCCUACCCUCACCACAAUCAGUCACCCCGUAACACUUACCAAUGUGCCAUGGGUAAACAAGCCAUUGGCGCUAUCGCUUCGAACCAGUUCCAGCGGAUUGACUCCAUUCUCUACCUUAUGGUCUACCCUCAAAAGCCAAUGGUCAAGUCUCGGACAAUCGAGUUGGUCAAGUACGACCAGCUGCCCGCUGGUCAGAACGCCACUGUUGCUGUGAUGAGUUACUCUGGUUACGAUAUUGAGGAUGCUCUGGUCUUGAACAAGGGCUCCGUGGAUCGUGGAUUUGGUCGAUGCCAGGUCUAUCGCAAAUAUGUGACCAAUCUCAAGAGUUACCCCAACGGCUUGAAGGACCGUCUCAACCCGCCAGAGUACGAGAACGAUGCUCCGAUUCGCAAGCACGCACUUCUGGAGAGCGAUGGUCUUGCUGCGGUGGGUGAAGAAGUCAAGGCUGGCGAGGUCUACAUCAACAAGGUCACUCCCGACUCGGCGCACACGACUGGUCUUGGCAGCGACUCGAGCAAGCCACUGACCUGGAACGCCGCACCCAUGACAUACAAGCUUCCCGACCCCGCCUACAUCGACAAAGUCAUGGUAUCAGCUACCGAGGGGGAGACCCAGCUUCUCAAGAUCUUGACCCGACAAACCCGCCGCCCCGAAGUUGGUGACAAGUUCUCUUCCCGUCACGGACAAAAGGGUGUUGUUGGUAUCAUCGCUGAUCAGACCGAUAUGCCUUUCACCGACUCCGGCAUCAAUCCCGACAUUAUCAUGAACCCCCAUGGUUUCCCCUCUCGAAUGACUGUCGGCAAGAUGUUGGAGCUGGUUGCCGGUAAGGCAGGCGUUCUCUCCGGUCAGCACGGUUAUGGUACUUGCUUCGGUGGAAGUCCCGUGCAGGAGAUGUCCCAGAUCCUGAUUGACCACGGAUUCAGCUACGGUGGCAAGGAUAUGCUCACCUCUGGUAUCACUGGCGAGCCGCUGCCCUUCUACGUUUUCACCGGCCCCAUCUACUACCAGAAGCUCAAGCACAUGGUCCAGGACAAGAUGCACUCGCGUGCCCGUGGUCCUAAAGCUACGCUUACUCGUCAGCCCACUGAGGGUCGUUCUAGGGAUGGUGGUCUUCGUCUCGGUGAGAUGGAGCGCGAUUGUUUGAUCGCUUACGGAACCAGUCAGCUCCUGCUGGAGCGUCUCAUGAUCUCGUCUGAUAUCCACGAAGUCGACAUUUGCGAGAAAUGUGGUUUCAUGGGUUAUCUGAAUUGGUGCCCUGGCUGCAAGUCCUCUCGUUCGGUCGUGAAGAUGUCUAUUCCUUAUGCAGCCAAGCUUUUGAUUCAGGAGCUGAUGAGUAUGAAUGUUGCUGCUCGUCUGAAGCUGGAUGAUGAAUUCCCCGAGAUGAAGGGCCGCUAA